AUGGAAUCAACAAAACCAUCAUCCGAGAUGAAAAUGUUCAUGGAAAAGGUUGGUCUGGAUGUUUUUCAAUUCAUCCUUUCCUUCUUGCCUCCUGUUCCGUAUUUAUUUCAACUUCAGAGAGUGAGCAAACAUUAUUCACAAUUGUGUCAAUCAUGUAUGGAAGAAGAUUGUAGUGAAUUGUAUUGGGAUGAAGAAGCUGUCGCUCAAAUGAAUGAUCAGAUGAAAAAAUCGUCAUCAAACAAUAUUCCGAAUACUUUGUCGAAAUUAUUGAAACAAGUUAGACCAGCACAUAAAGAUUGGGUCUUGUUCUUUAGGGAUAUCCUACAUAAAUUCAAAAAGUUGGAUCGUCUGGUUUUGAAGAAUAUGGAAUUUUCGAAUGUGAUCAUGUAUUUAAUUUUUGUAGAUUGGAAAGGAGAUUUGAAAGAAUUGAAACUCAUUGAAUGUGAUUUCAAGGUACAAAUACCAUGUAGUUUUUCAAGCAUGUCUCAAGGUCAAGUUGUAACACUGAGAGAAAUAUAUUUUCAAGUGGAGAGCUUUUUGGAUUGUACUUUAGACUUGGGUGACCAUACAGGAUUCAUGACAGAUAUUCAGAAGUCAACAAAUAUUGGAAAAAUUGAAAAGAUCAAAAUUGUAUCCAAAUCGAACGGUUAUAAUAACGAUGCUAAAUAUCCAAAUAAUGGAUAUGGGUUGAUUCCAUUUGUGAAAUGUUUCCCCUCACUCAAGAAUAUAUUCUGCUUAGUUUUCAGAAACAAAUCACCUGUAUGGGAAUCGGUUCUUUUAAUGUUUCCAGAUAUUGUUUUUGAACCCUUACCUAGAGAAUUAACCAAUAAUGAAACAAACUUGGGCGAAUUUUAUAUUGAUUACCUGUGUAAGGAAUUCAAUUUGAGGAAAAACAGACUAGAAUUGAUUCAACACGAAUUUACAUCUUCCAGAACUAGAGAGAAUAUUCAUAGUUUCUUUAGUACAAUUAUUGAUUUCUUGGAGGUGCAUACACCAUUUGGUCUUGAUAGUUUGAUAAAGGAUGUUCGUGGUAAUAAUAUCAUUCAAUUGGCUAUCCUAUUUACAAACUAUGAAACAGUUCGAUUCUUUGUCAAAUACCUUACAGCACUUGAGGAUAAGGAUCAUGCUGCUAAAGAACUCUCCCAACUCUUCUCUGCUAAUAACCGACUCGAUGGAAGAAAUGCUCUAUUUAAAUGUAUUUCCUCAUCCUCACUUACUUAUUUCGAUCUGCUUUUAGAGUAUGGAGUUUCAUUCAAUUUUCCAGAUAGUGAUGGAAAUACAAUACUUCACAGCUUGUGUAUGUUUGGACAAUUAGCUAAAUUACAAACCUUGUGGGAUAAUACUUUGGGUAAAAAGCAAUUGAAAGAAAAAAUGUACUAUUUGAAUUUUAAUACAAAGAAUAAGAAUGGUGAAACACCACUCUAUCUAUGUAAAAAGAAUAGAAUGAAUAAUAUGGCAAACCAAUUACAAACCCAAUUUGAACAUUAUGGCAUUGAUUUGAGUGUUACUGAUCCAGUGCCACCAGUAGCAAGCAGCAACCCAACACCAAUAAGAAAUGACACACCAAGCUCAGCCACGAAAUGUGAUAUUUUGUAG